AUGGCGACGCCCUUUCCCAUUCCUGUUACCGCAGCCCAGGUUGGAACGUACUUUGUGGGACAGUACUAUCAGGUGCUUCAGAGCCAGCCGGAGUUUGUGCACCAGUUUUAUUCCGAUGCCAGCACCAUGCUCCGAAUCGACGGCAGCACCAGGGAAACCGCUGCCGCAAUGCUUGUAAUUACUGCUAUCAUUUUUGUUGUUCUGUUGACAGCGUUUUCGGUGGUUUUAGAAUUGCUAGCUUUUGCUGUAGUGUUGAGUGAAAGGAGUAAUAUUGGUGAGGAGGAUCCAGUUGGCCAACUUAAUGCAUCACAAAUCCAUGCCCUGAUUAUGUCACUCAGUUACACUGGAAUUGAAAUCAAGACCGCACAGUCUCUAGAGUCUUGGAGUGGUGGUGUUCUUGUGAUGGUUUCUGGAUCAGUGCAAAUUAAGGACUACAAUCAGAGGAGGAAAUUUAUGCAGACAUUCUUCCUUGCACCGCAAGAGAAAGGCUUUUUUGUGCUUAAUGAUAUUUUUCAUUUUGUUGAAGAGGAUCCAGUUCACCAACAACAAGCAGUUUUGCUCCCUCAGAGCAAUCAUGAUUCACAAUUGAAUGCUUCAAGUGCAAUCAAUAAGCCAGUGUCCAACUACCUUCUGGGUGGAGAUAUCCAGGCUAGGGAGUAUGUUGCUACAAAUGAGGUCAAAGAAAAUGGUGUAGUUGAUAAUUAUGGAUUUUCAGAGCAAAGAUUGCAGCGGGGCCCUGAUUCUGAGCAUAUUAGGGAAGAUACUGCUGUUGAAGAGUCAAAUGGUUCACUUCAAUCGUCAGUGAAUGCAGUGCAAGACCAUGUACCUGCUUCUCCUGAUGAACCUGCCGGGGAGCCGCAAAAGCAUACUUAUGCUUCCAUUUUACGGAUUGCUAAAGGACAAUCUACACCAUUAGUAGCUUCUCAACCCUCUCAUAAAAAUGUCUCCCCUUCAGAAUGGGAUCAUGCUCCACAGAGUAGUAGUCUGCAACAGCAAACGACUGCUUCAACAAAUGCAUUUGAAAGGUCUGAGGCUGAUGCAGUGGAAGAGCUUCCUGCAACAGAAGAUGAAGAUGAAAUCAAGUCUGUUUAUGUGAGAAACUUGUCGCCCACUGUGUCUCCUUCUGAAAUUGAAGAGGAAUUCAAGAAUUUUGGUAGAAUCAGGCCUGAUGGUGUUGUCAUUAGAAGUCGCAAGGAUGUUGGGGUUUGUUAUGCAUUUGUUGAAUUUGAAGAUAUGACAGGCGUUCAUAAUGCGGUCAAGACAGGAUCUGUUGAGAUAGCAGGAAGACAAGUAUACAUUGAAGAAAGGAGACCAAACAGUAACAUCCCUUCUCGAGGAGGAAGACGGGGUAGAGGCAGAGGUAGCUAUCAGGCAGAGGCACCAAGGGGGCGUUUCAAUUCUAGGAGCUUUGGCAGAGGAAAUGGCCUAGAUGGUGUUGAUAGGGAGUACAACAAAUCGAAAGGAAAUGGUUUCUAUCGACCGAGUCCUCGCCAAGAAAGGGGAAGUUCAGGGCAUCAUCAAAUACCAAGAAAUGGGCAGAACCUUGCCGAGUCCUGA